AUAUACAGCGAAAAUUGGUCUUUAAUCAUCAAAAAAAAGCUUUAUAUGUCCAUCCAUACGGCAUUACAAGGCUGGCUAAAUAUUACUAUGAGUUGUGAAAAUGUACCCUUGAGCCGAUGUUUCUUUCCUUAUUAUUUCUUAAAUUAUAUGGUGCUAAAACUUGUUUUCAAAAAUGUGCCAUAGUAUUUAAACCUUAGUUUUAGUAAUUGUUUUGUAAUAAUGCCACUUAAUUAAACAAUAAAGUGUAUUAAAAUGUUCUCACCGAAAAAUAUCUAAAAUGACGUUUAUCAUUUUCAAAAAUAACCGUGUGUACCGCGCGCAAGUGUUUAACAAGAUUAUUGUAAGAACAACACGAUUCAAAGUGAGCAAAAUUCAUUGAGUUCAUUCUGUUCAGCUCAAUUAUUAUACAAAUAGUUGCAACUGUGCUACAAAGGGGUGGGGGGCAUUCUCAGAUCAAGUGACUUUUGUUAGAAAUAAAUCAAUACAAUACCGGGUGAAAGCUGUGUUUUUGAUCGGAAUGCGUAACUAAGCUUUAAAUUUUCAACUACCGAUUACGUCAUGUCCCCGAUUGACGGUUACUUCAUAUAUCUGGCUUCCCGCCUCGACAAGCUACGAAAGGGAGGCGAUACCGAGACCGGGAAUUGGCUGCAGGAGCUGCAGACGUGGCCGCUGUGGCGAGCUGUUCUGGCAGAGUUCCUAGCCACGCUGCUGUUCGUGUUUAUAGGAACCAUGUCUGCCGUGGAUAUCGUCCCUAUAACAGAUCCAGCAGGGAAAUUUGUCAGGAUCGGCUUGACAUUUGGUCUGAUGAUUGCUGUAUGUAUCCAAAUGAUUGGUCACGUGUCUGGAGGUCACAUGAACCCAGCUGUCUCCUUGGCAAUGGCCGUUGCUAUGGAGAUCAGCCCAAUACGUGCGGUUCUUUACACCGUGGCUCAGUGUUGUGGUGGGAUGCUUGGUUCUCUUCUUUUGAAAGGUGUGACCCCUGGUGAGUUAAACGACAACCUUGGACUGACCACAAUUAAUCCUGACCUUAAUGGUGGCCAAGCGGUUGCGUGCGAGAUGGUGUUCACUUUUAUUCUGGUCAUGUCGAUAUUCGGGUGCACAGACCCCAACAGAGCCUUGUUUGGAAGCCCUGCCCUUGGUAUUGGACUCACUGUGUCCGUCCUUCACUUCGCCUCUAUUCCGUUUACCGGUGCAAGCAUGAACCCCGCCAGAUCCCUCGCAUCCUCGGUCGUUUCUAAUAAUUUCGACUUGCAUUGGGUAUACUGGGUGGGUCCGAUGGUGGGCGGCGUGGCAGCGGCGGUGGCCUAUAAGUACUUAUUCUCUCCGUACCAGAAGACACCCUCCUUCCCGGAGACCGCCAUACAGCUAAUGGACUCGAAAGAUGUAAUCUUACUACCCAAGGACUACUUUGGUGAAUCGGGCAGAACUAUUGUCGAAUCUUCCAAAUUUUGAGAACGCUGUUUCAAUUGCAAAGACCUUCAAAUUGAACACAUGAACCGCUGCGUACACUAUAUACCUUUAUCUGUAUCUGAGAGAGUGUCUUAAGACACCAUGGGCAUAUUGUAUGUGUUAAAAUAGUUGACGAAUUGUGUACUCUAUUAUAUACCUGACACUAUUAAAUGCUUGGCAUAUAUUCAUGUUUUCAUUGGUAAUAAAGCUAUCACGUGACAAACCAAUGAAGCUAGGAGUAUUUCAACAUGUAAAUGUUACCCUAGCGCAAUUUUAUUGUCCCAAAAAUGAUGUAAGAAAUGUGUUAUCUGAUAAUAAUUAUGUACAAAAUAUUCUCAUAGCAUUAUUAUUAUAAGGUUAAUACACAUUUUUGAGGUCGUUUUACCAUCUGCAAAGGCCCGCAAAAUGGUUUACAGCCCGAGUGCGUAGCACGAGGGUUGUAAACUAUUUAAGGGCCUUUGCAGAUGGUAACGACCGAAAAAAUGUGUAUUAUUAUUGCAUAAAAUACCCACCAUAAGAAACGUUUGUGUUUAAAAAGGCUGUUAAAUGUCACUCGCAUAAAAUACUCACCAUGAGAAACGUUUGUGUUUAAAAAGGCUGUUAAAUGUCACGAAAAUGCAAAAACAGUUAGUUCAAAAUAACCUCCAUCACAGGUGCAUGUGUGACGUCAUUAGUGAUGUCAUUGUAAGAGUUUUACAUUAAGCUCGAUUCGGGCGGAAACAUAACUCGGCAGUUGGAUUUUUGUUUCGAUGC